AACCAGUCCCCAGUACCCGCUUGUUCGGAACCCGGGAGCAAACUUGCAGCACGCGCGUCGCGUGUCUCGGAACGUUUCCACCUGCGGCGGGUGGUCACGUGACAGGCUGGACUCGGGCGAGUAUCUGAGCGCGUCAAUGGCGCAGCCCACCCGAACCACGACGACGCGCCUCAGGAGAUGAGGAAGCGCGCAGUCGGGACGUGCAGUGUGGAACAUGGGGAGAGGGACGACGGGAGUUCACCUCCUCGCACUUUUCGUCUCCAUUAGUCUUUGCAGGUGCUCGCGCGCGCAAGAAGCGUUCGGUGGACUCGCCGGUUUUAGUCUGAGUCCUCCGUACUUCAACCUGGCUCACGGAUCGAGGAUUUCCGCCACAGCAACCUGCGGGGAGGAUGAGUCCGGGAGACCGAGAGAUGAUUUGUACUGUAAACUCGUCGGGGGGCCGACGGCCGGACACCUCACGCAAAAUAUUCGGGGCCAGUUCUGCGACUACUGCAACGCCGGCGACCCGAGCAAAGCCCACCCGGUGGGCCACGCCGUGGACGGCACGGAGCGCUGGUGGCAGAGCCCGCCUCUCUCCAAGGGGCUCGGCUACAACGAGGUCAACCUCACCCUGGACUUCGGUCAGCUAUUUCAUGUCGCGUACGUCAUCAUAAAGUUUGCAAAUUCCCCGCGACCCGACCUGUGGGUGCUGGAACGCUCCGUGGACAACGGGAGGACCUUCGACGCCUGGCAGUAUUUUGCGCAGUCAAAGCGCGAGUGCAUCGAAAGGUUCGGAAAGCAACCAAACGCUCGACUCGUCAACGACGACGAUCAGCUCUGCGUCACGGACUAUUCCAGAAUCGUCCCUUUGGAGAACGGAGAGAUCGUGGUGUCCUUGAUCAACGGUCGCCCAGGCGCCCGCGACUUCACCCGCUCGCCCGUGCUGCAGAGCUUCACCAGGGCCACCAACGUGCGGCUGCGGUUCCUGCGCACCAACACCCUGCUGGGUCACCUCAUCUCCAAGGCCCAGCGAGACCCGACCGUCACGCGCAGGUACUACUACAGCAUCAAAGACGUCAGCAUCGGCGGGCGCUGCGUGUGUCACGGUCACGCUCGGGCGUGCGGGGCCGGCGGCGACCCGGAAAACCCAAACAAGCUGCAAUGCGAGUGCCGGCACAACACCUGCGGGGAGUCGUGCGAGCGCUGCUGUCCGGGCUUCAGCCAGAAGCCGUGGCGCGCCGCCACCGCGGACAGCCCCGACGCGUGUCAGCCCUGCCAGUGCUUCGCUCAUGCGGCCGACUGUUACUACGACCCCGAGGUGGAAGCCAGGGGAGGAAGUUUAGACGUCGCCGGCGGGUACAGCGGAGGAGGCGUUUGCAUCAACUGCCAGCACAACACCGUUGGAGUUAACUGCGAGCGAUGCAUUGAAGGCUUCUUCAGACCCUUUGGAGUCGCCCCCGAGUCUCCCACCGGAUGCAUACCCUGCAGGUGCGACGAGCGGACCGCGGCCGGUUGCGAAAUGGGUUCCGGGAGGUGCGUCUGCAAAGCCCAGUUUGCGGGGGAAAACUGCCAGCGCUGCGCAGACGGACGCUAUUCGUACCCGCAGUGCAUCCGAUAUCCCGAGAACCAGAUGACCACCAAAUCCCCCGCCGGACCUAUUAUCGUACCGACUGGCUGCCCUGUGGGUUACUUUGGCUCAAUCAUUUGUCAGCGGUGCGAGUGUGACGCCAGGGGGACGGAGCGGCAAGUGUGCGACGCCUCGGGCCGCUGCCUGUGCCGCCGCACUGUGGCGGGCCGGCGCUGUGACCGCUGCCGAGCGGGCCGCGGCCCCUUCCCCGGCUGCCACGCGUGUACUUGCGACGGAGCCGGUGUGGCCGAGAACGCCUGCGCUGAGAGCGCCACGUGUGUCUGCCUGCCCAACUACGAAGGACAGAACUGCGAGCGAUGUGGACCGGGCUACUACGGGUACCCGGAAUGCGCCGCCUGCCAGUGUUCCCGGGAAGGCUCGUCCGGGUCCCCGUGCGACCCGGUCUCGGGCCAGUGUCCGUGCCUGCCCGGCGUGGCGGGCCGGCAGUGUGACCGGUGUGCUUCGGGACUCGGGUUCCCAUCGUGCUCAGCCGCCAUCAGUCAGUGUAAUCCGUAUGGGACGGAAAGCAGGGAGCCUCAAACGGGAUCUUGCCGCUGCCGAGCCAACGCGGAGGGCGCGUCGUGCGACAGGUGCAAACCUCUUCACUGGAACUUGGCGGCCGCCAACGCCGACGGCUGUCAAGAGUGCGGGUGUGAUGUCGAAGGAACGCUGAGCGGGGUUGCAGUGUGUGAGCAGAGAAACGGGCAGUGCCGCUGCAAGCACCGCGCGGGCGGCCGCACGUGCGAUUCCUGCGUCGACGGCUACUUCCUGUUGCAGAAAAAGAAUUAUUUUGGCUGCCGAGGUUGCGAGUGCGACGUCGGGGGCGCCGUCAGCGCGACUUGUGACGCGACGUCCGGCCAGUGUCGCUGCCGCAGUAACAUCGUCGGCCUGAAAUGCACGCAGCCCGCGCCAGGUUUUUACCUCCCAACGCUGCAUCAGCUGAAGUUCGAGGCGGAGGACGGCACCGCGCCCAACUCCAGGCCGGUGCGCUUCGGUUACGACCCGCGAGAGUUCCCGGAGUUCAGCUGGAGAGGUUACGCUCAGCUCUCCCCUGCACAGAGUGAAGUCAGAGUAACCGUGCAUGUUGAGCCCGAAGAUGCCGGGCGCAAGUUGUUCCGCGUGGCGCUGCGAUUCACUAACCCGAGCCGCGCCGGCGUGAGCGGCUGCGUCGAGGCGGCUGAUAACAGAGACGCUGCAGCGUCAGGACAGCGCAAGGACGUGGUUUUCCCUGAAAGUCCGGAGCCGUCCUUCCUCACUGUGCCCGGGGACGGCUUCGCUGAGCCUUUUGCCUUGACGCCUGGCAACUGGAUCAUCAGCAUCAACGCACCCGGGAUUCUGCUUGAUUAUUUGGUCCUGCUGCCUCAGGAUUACUACGAGGCGCCGCUGCUGCAAGAAGAAAUCACAGAACCCUGCACGCAUGCGCCCGCGGCACCGCGGAACAAAAACUGCCUCCUGUACAAACACGCGCCGAUGGACGCGUUCGGCUCGGCUUCGGGCUCGCGGGGGAGCGUCUCGAGCCGGAGGGGCCGCGAGAGGAGGCGGGCUAGCGUGCGGCGGCCCACCCCGGCUCACCCUGAGAUGGCCGCGCUGCACGGCGCGCAGUCUCAGCUGCAGCUCAGUCUGCGCGUGCCUCAUCCGGGGCCUCACGCUCUGGUCCUGGAGUACGCCAGCGAGGUGGACGGCGUCCAGAACGUCAACAUCCUGGUGGGAGCCCAGGACGGCGGACGGACGAGAGCCAGGGCCGACGUUUACGGCUGUGACUACAGCUUUUUGUGUCGGAGCGCGGCGCUGGACAGCAGGAACCAGCCGGCCAUCGUGCAUCUGGCCCACAGAACCGAAGUCGUCCUGCAGACGUCCGGCGCCUCCUUCCUGCUGCACAAAGUCUACGCGGUUCCCGCUCGGGAGUUCUGCAUGGAUUACGUGGAGGCCAAGGUUCUGUGCGUCUCCACUCACGGUCGCUUCACGGAAGACAGUCAGCACUGCGUUCCGAGUCACUCGGGCAAGCACUCGCCAGGUUGGGUUUUGCGCGCAGGCCGCGACGGGAAGCUGAACGCCGCUCCCCGACAAGGAGACCACGCGGACCGGCGCCAGAGACGCCGGUCCGACGUCUCCCCGCGCGGCGACGGGAUCCUCCUCAAAUACCCGCAGACGGAAAUCCGCUUCACGCCGAAGGUGCCCGUCCCUGGCAGAUACGUGCUGGUCGUGCAUUACCGGCAGCCCGAGCACGUUUCAUUUCCUGUGGAACUUGAAGUGGACGCCGGAUAUAACUGGAAAGGUUCCAUCAACGCGUCGUUCUGCCCCUCGGUGUCGGGCUGCAGAGAGGUUCUGGUGGCCGACGGGCGCGCCGUCCUGGACUUUGCCCAGCACUCUUGGCGCCUGCCGAGCAUCUCUGUGCUCGUUCCUCCUCGCAAGACGCUCAUUCUGCAUCAGAUAUUGCUGAUCCCCGAGAGUCGUUACACUCCUGACCUCGUGCGAGAAAAUCCUCCGGAGAAGUCGGCGCUCUUCAUCCGGCAGUGCGGAGGGGGGGCCUUCUUUAUUCACCCCCGAACGUCCUCGCGGUUCUGCAGGGACUCGGCGCGCUCCCUGGCGGCCUUUUACAACGGCGGCGCGCUGCCUUGCAAUUGUGACCCGUCGGGUUCCGCUGGAUCCGUGUGCGACCCGGAUGGAGGGCAGUGCCCCUGCAAGCCUCGCGUCAUCGGGCUGAGGUGCACCAAGUGUGCCACGGGCUACUACGGCUUCCCCUACUGCCGACCGUGCGAGUGCGGCCGCCGGCUGUGCGACGAGGUGACGGGUCGUUGCCUGUGCCCGCCUCAGACGGUCCGGCCGGCCUGCGACGUGUGUCGGAACCGCACGUUCGGUUUUCAUCCCCUGCUGGGCUGCGAGGGCUGCGACUGCGCCGGGGACGGCCUCCGCGCCGACGCCGGGCCCGGCUGCGACCGCCUCACCGGACAGUGCAGCUGCAAGCUCAGGAUCGGCGGGCGCCAGUGCGAUCGAUGCGCCGCGGGCUAUUACGGCUUUCCCGACUGCGCCCCUUGCGACUGCGAGCACGGCGGCGUCACGCCCGGCGUGUGCCACCCCGACACGGGGAGGUGUCUCUGCAAGGAAAACGUGGCGGGCGUCAGGUGCGACGCGUGCCGGGACGGCUCCUUCUUCUUCGACCCGUCCAACGCUGACGGCUGCACCGGCUGCUUCUGCUUCGGAGCCGCCGACAAGUGCGGCAGCUCCAGCAAGCGCAGGGGCAAGUUCGUGGAGAUGCGCGGCUGGCGGCUGGAAGGCGCCGAUCGGCGAGCGGUUCCGUCCGUGCUGAACGCGGCCAGCAACACGGCGGUGGCCGACGUGCAGGAGCUUCCCGCUUCGGUCGGAGCGCUGCACUGGGCGGCGCCGGCGGCGUAUCGGGGAGACCGGGUGUCCUCUUAUGGCGGUUUCCUCACCUACCAGGCCAAAUCCUUCGGUCUUCCCAGCGAGGGAAUGAUUCCGAUGGACAGAACGCCCGAUGUCCUACUGACAAGCGAGGACAUGACGCUGAUCCAUUUCGCUCCCCAAGUCCAGUUGCCGGACAGACUGUAUCAGGGCAGAGUCCAGCUUGUUGAGGGAAACUGGCGCCAUGCCGGUACCAACAGGCCCGUGUCCAGAGAGCAGCUGAUGACGGUCCUCGCGGGCCUGGCGCAUCUGAGGAUCCGAGCCCUGUACUAUACGCGCAGCCAGCGGCUUAGUCUGGGCCAGGUGGGAUUGGAGGAGGCCGCCGACGCCGGGACCGGCGGUCCUGCCAACACGGUGGAGGUCUGCUCCUGCCCCCCGGAGUACGCCGGAGACUCCUGCGAGAAAUGCGCCCCCGGGUACUUCCGAGACGGCAGCGGGCCGCUGCUGGGCCGCUGCGUGCGCUGUAACUGUAACGGUCUGGCAGACGAGUGCGAGGACUGGACCGGGAGGUGCCUGAACUGUAAGUACAACACAGCCGGAGACAGAUGUGAAUACUGCAGGGAAGGUUACUAUGGCGACGCUAUUCAGAGGACCUGCCAGCUGUGUCCCUGCCCUUUCAGCACGGUCGCAAAUAGCUUCGCCGUGGCGUGCCGACAGAUCUACGGAGACUUCCAGUGCAUUUGCAGAGCGGGAUACGCUGGAGAAAAAUGCGAGAAGUGCGCUCCUGGGUUUUAUGGCGACCCGCUGGUUCCAGGCGGAAGCUGUCGCCCUUGUAAUUGCAACGGAGAUGGCAACACCUGUGACCCCGCGACUGGAGUUUGCAAGAACAACCUGGAGCCUGGAGACACCAACGCAAACGACCGCUGCCAAGAGUGCGAUAACUGCGCGCAGACUUUACUGCAAGACUUGGAGAAGCUGGACGACCAGCUGCUGAGGAUCAAAGUUCAGCUGGACAACGCCGCCGCCGGCGCCACCUCCCAGGACAGACUCAGGAAGCUGGAGCGGACCGUAGCCGACACCAAGAAUCUGUUGAACAAAUUCAACAUCUCUGUCAAUACCCAAAGUUCCCGAGUCAAGCAGAUGGAAGACGACAUGCUGACUCUCUCUGAUGACAUCGCGUCUCUUCAAGACAAGGCGGACAAGACAGCCGUGGAUGCUGACAAAGCAGUUCUGGAUGUUGAAAAAUCCCAAAAGAGAGCGCAGGUUUUGGACCGAGAGAUUCAAAACAUGCUCAAGAAAAUCCAAGCUCUGCUGGAGCAGUUGAAGGACGGCUCCGGCGGCGGCGGCGGCGCCCGGCCGGGUGAGGACCUCACCAAGGCGCUGGAGGAGGCCCAGCGCAUGGUCAAGGAGAUGGAGAACAGGAACCUGACGCCCCAGAAGACGGCGGCCGACACGGAGAGGGAGGAGGCCAGGAAACUCCUGGACUACAUCAAGAGCGACAUGAGUAAGCAGUUGGACCAAAACGAGAACUCGGCGGGAAGGUUGAAGGAGCAGCUGAACAACUACGACGCCAGGCUGAAGGAGCUGGACAAGUCCCUGAAGGACGCCACGGAGCUGGUGAAAAAAGCCAACGCCCAGAACGGACUCAACGCCCAAGCGAUGCCCGAGCUCCAGAAUCGCAUCAACAACCUGAUGAAAAAACGCAAGACCGUCAAGGACCAGAUGGCGACGACGGCAGAUGAACUGAAGAAAGUGGAAGAUUUGAUCAAAGCGCUUUCCAACAACAAAACGGCGUACGAAAAGUUGGCGGCUGAGCUGGACGGCGGCAAGACGGACUUGACCAGGAUGGUCAACGACCUCUCCAAUGCCGCGGGCAAGGAGGACGUCGUGCGCAACGCCGAGGAUCACGCCAAAAAUCUCAAGAGGCUGUCCAAGGAACUGGAGGACACCGUGAAGGGCGCCAGUGAACGCCCCGAGGUGCAAAACGCCAACGACGCCAUCGACGCCUACAAGAACAUCACAGACGCCAUCAAAGCCGCCGAGGUCGCCGCUAACCAGGCCAAAGAAGCCGCCGACAAAGCUUUGAACAAUGUGAAGAAACAAAAACUGGCUGAAAGAGCAAAAGACCUGGAUGAAAGUGGCGCUGAACUGGUUCAGAAUGCAAAAGAGGCACAGAAAUCCCUGGACGACGCCGCCAACGAAAUUCCCGACAUCAAGAGACGCUUGGAGAACGCAAACAGGAAAAAGAACGAUCUUGAGAACGACCUCCUCGACUCGCAAAGGCAGCUGGCGGACAUCAAAAGAGACGACAUCGCGAAUAUGAUCGACGAGGCCAUGAGGAAGGCCGCCUCCGCGAAUGACUCGGCUAGCGACACCAUGGACAAGCUCGACGCCAUGAGGAAGGAAUUGGACAAGAUCAACCUCGCGCCCGGCGAUUCCAACCUCGGCGCUCUGCUGGACGACGUGGACCAAGCGGUGAAAAACUUGUUGAAAACCAUCCCGUCACUGAGCGACAAGAUCUUGGAGGUGGACACCUUGACCUCGCGGUUUACGCCGUUGAAAAACAUCACAGAGAACGUCAAGAAACUCAAAGAGCUCAUCAAUCAAGCGCGCGACGCGGCCAACCGGAUUUCCAUCCCGAUGAAGUUCACAGGCGACGGCCACGUGCAGUUGCACCCGCCCAAGGACCUGGAUGAGCUGAGGGCCUUCACGGACCUGUCCUUGUCCCUGCAGAGGCCCGAGGGCAGGGGCGACGGAAGGCGCCGACGCAAGCAGGCGGCGGACAAAGGAGACAUGUUUGUCAUGUACCUCGGCAACAAAGAUCCCUCCAAGAACUACAUCGGGAUGGUCCUGAGGAACAACGUGCUGUACGGCGCUUACAAGCUGAACGGAUUGGAGCACGUGAUGAAAACGGACUCCAUCACAACGUCGCCAUCCGAGCCGGCCAAGUUCGACAAGGUCGACCUGCGCAGAAUUUAUCAAGACGCAGAGCUGAUCCUCACCAAAGACUUCACGUCAGACACUCCCGGGAUUCCGGUCAAGGGUGCCAACCAAGGGGAGGAACUGAAAAACCUUCUGGACCUGAGCCCAGACGACCUGGUUUUCUACGUGGGAGGCUACCCGUCCAACUUCACCCCGCCGGCGCCGCUCAACUAUCCCAUGUACAAAGGCUGCAUCGAGAUGGCGUACUUCAAUGACAAGGUGGUCAGCCUGUACAAUUUCAAGCACAAAGACAACAUCAACGUGGAGACGCCGUGCAAGAGGUACGUGUCUCCAUUGGGCUUUUACCUGGAGGGCAGCGGCUACGGCCGCGUGAUCAUCGACAAGCGAGCCAACGUCCUCCUCAUCGGCAUGUCCCUCCUGACGCAAGCGGAAAACGGUCUGCUCUUGUACAUCGGAAACGAGGAGAACUACUUCACGGUGACGGUGGAGAAGGGCGUUGUUCACCUGCGGAGCAACUUGCUGCAAGAACCGGCCACCAAUAACCUGAAAACGUUCCCGAAACGCGACUGGGUGGACGUCCUCAUCAUUUUGACCAAAGAUGGGAAGUUUACAGUCCGCAUCGCCAGUAAAGAGGUGGCCAAGGCCCAGGCCAAGUUCACCAGCGUGGAAUUCGCAGAAUAUUAUAUCGGCGGCGCGCCUCUCGAGAUGAGGGAAAAGCACAACAUCACCAUGCAGGCCUUGAAAGGAUGCUUGAACAACGUGAAACUCAACCAAAACUUUAAACUGAUUGACGAGAAGGUGGGAAUCAGCAAAGGAUGUCCCAAAGAUUCCCUGAACGCUCGGAAAGCAGAGUUCAGUCCGGGAAGCUCCCUGUCGGCGGACCUUUCGGGCUUCAGCCUGGCCGACGACGUCUUGGUGGCGCUGGGCUUCAAGAGCACCGAGAAGUCGGGAAUCCUCCUGCAGUCCAAACAAGCCGCUAACGGGAUUCAUCUGGCUUUAGAAAACGGCAACGCCGUCGUGUCGUUCGACAAUAAGUUGUGGAAGUCGAACAAGAAAUACAACGACGGCCAGUGGCAUUAUUUGACGGUGUCCAGAAAAGCCGGCAGGACCGAGAUGCUCAUCGACGACGACGACAGCGGCGUGGCGCAGAGCGGGAGCGUCCCGGUGCCGGACUCGGGGGGCUCGGUGAUCCUGGGACGGGACACGUUCAAGGGCUGCAUCUCCAACCUCUACACCAGACGCAGGCCCGGCCACCGGUACAAGCCCGAGGACUUGACCGAUUUCAAGUCGUCGGGAGACGUCCUGCUGGACGUGUGCGUCCCCGACAGUCCGGUCCAACAGAUGAUCGAUCGGGUACCCAAGAAGGACGUGGGAACGCGCGCGAUGAACGACAGCGCCUCUCCGUGCGUGCGACCGGGCCUCUUGGCAGACGCGUACCACAUGGGAGGGCCCGUGAGCCGCUUAAGCUACGGCCUGCCGCUGCAGGUGUUGCAGCCCAGGCCGCACUUCUCCCUGGAGAUCCGGACCCGAUCCCCAGAGGGCCUGCUGUUCUUCGCCGCGACGAGGGGAGGGAACGCUCACCUGGCUUUGUACAUGUCCAAAGGGAGGAUCCGACUUUCAGUGGGCAAAUCUAGCGAGAUCUUCAACAGGGAGAAGUACAACGACGGGAAGUGGCACUCGGUGAUGUUCAGUCUGGAGAAGAAGAAAUUCCGCCUGGUGGUGGACGGGAUCAGAGCGCAGGACGGUCAGCUGAGCGGCGCCGACGUGGCCUCCAUGAAGCACUUCCUGUCGCCCGUCUACUUGGGCAGUGCGCCGCGCUACCUCCACAAAGAGUUAAAGUCCAAGAACCUCCCGAAGCAAACCGUGUCCGGCUGCGUGCGGCGUUUCAAGAUGAACGGCGCCCCCAUGCUGAACCCGUCGGCAAACCACGGGGCGGGCCCCUGUUUCGAGGGCCACACUCAGAGGGGGGCCUACUUCUCGGGGCGCGGCGCGCACGUCGUCAUCAACGACUCCUUCGCCGUGGGAUCGAGUUUCGAGCUGCUGUUUAACGUUCGCCCGAGGACGCCAACUGGACUCCUUCUCCACGUUGGCGAUUCUGGCGGAACCCGGCAAGGACUGAACGCGGGCCACUAUGUCAGCGUUUACCUCCUACGAGGAGAGGUGGUGGCACGAGUCAACAACGGCAAAGGAGAGUUUAUGGCAUCUGUGCGGCCCAAAUCGUCACUUUGUGAUGGAACGUUUCAUAAAAUUUCCGUCAUCAAGAGGAUGCACGUGGUGCAGCUGCACGUGGACACGGUGGACACGUACAAGAUCGGCCCACCGUCUUCCAGUACCCCUUUGACCAAAUAUCCCCUUUACGUAGGGGGCCUUCCCGAAGAGCUGUCGUCGACGCAGACGCCGCCCGUCGCGUCGUCCUUCGUGGGCUGCAUCCAGGACAUGAAGGUCGACGGCGAGUCCGUCUCGUUCGCCAGGUCGCCGUCGGUGGUCGGGCCCGUCAACCUCAAGGAAUGUCCGGGCUGAAACCCGUCACUGCCUUGUUUGUUUCUUUUGCUUUGGCUCAAACCUGGGACCACCUCCAAACAACAACCAUGUGCAAUCUGUCACCAACAAGGCAGAGAAUGUCUAUGUGUGUGCGUGCGUGCGUGCGUGUGGAUGGAUGUAUUUAUUUUGAAAUCAUGCACCAACUCGUCAACGGUUGGUUUCUUUUUUUUAAUAUAUAUAUAUAAAUAUGUUAUUAGUCAGUUGAGGCUGCAGUGUACAGUACAUAACAGCACUUUAAGAAGACAAUAUGAAAAAUGUGGUCAACAACAAAGAUUUAUGUACCAUUUGCAGAUGAUGGCGCUCGCUUCUUUCCCCCUUUUGAUUCCCACACGUUUAUGACCGCGUUUCUCUUUUCUUUUUUUUUUGUGGCAUUCCUUAUGCAUGCAAUCUUCCGAGUGGCCCUCGACCCCCUCAAUUUGGUUUACACGGGACAACAGCAUGCACGACGUCGACAUUGUUGAAGACUAAAAUAGAACAAUGCACACGAUUCAGAUAAUGUUUACCUUUGCGUGCAAAAAGGGAAGGAAAAAAAUUAAUAAAUUAAUCACAAUUAGAGCUUUAAUAAAAAAAAAAAUACAAUAACUUGCAUUCCUGUUUCGUGACCACUGAUUUGUAAACCAUUUUGUAAUACUGCCAAUUAAAUUUCUUUAUAAAUCAAG